CAACAUUGCAAUUUUUUAACCAUAAAUGUGUAUGAUUAUCACUUACAUGAAGUAUUCAAGCUAGUUUGAUUCUAGUGAAAAGAAAUUGAGAUUGAGAUCAAGAUCGAGAUCGAAUGGAUAGGAGGCUUCAAGAGGCUAUAGUGAAAGGAGACUUAUUGGCCCUUACAAAACUAGCCGAUGAAGAUGAGACCAUAUUAGAUCAACAAAUAUCCGGUUCGAUGAACGGAGUUUUACACUUGGCUGCCCGAUUCGGUCACAAGGAGAUGGUGGCCGAGGUGGUGAGGCGACGACCGGAGUUAAGGGCGAUAGAGAAUCGUGAAAUGGAGACUCCUCUUCACGAGGCUUGUAGGGAGGGUAACAUGGGGAUUGUUAUGAUUUUGCUCGAUGACCGAGAUAACAUAAGCGUGUAUAAGGUUAACAAACGAAGGGAGAGCGCGCUUUUUGUGGCGGCGGAGAAGGGAAGAAUUGAUGUGGUUAAGUUUUUGAUUAUGGAGUACCCUAAGAUUUUAAUGUUGGAGAUUGAUUUGGAGUUUAGUUCACUUCAUGCUGCUGCCACGGCUGGUCACACUGAUGUGGUUAAGGAAUUUCUACUUGUUAGACCCGAACUUGCACUUAAGAACGAUACAAACGGUUGCACACCGCUGCACAUAGCGUGUGGCAAAGGUCACAUUGGUAUCGUGAGGGAGUUCCUUCGGUUCGACCUAGACCUAGCAUUAUCACUGGACCACGAAGGUCGAAUGCCACUCCAUUGGGCAAUUUCAAGAGGUCAAGUAAGUGUUAUCGAUGAGAUAUUGUCCAUGAGCAUAAAUCUUGCUAGUGUUAUCAUAAGCGUUAGUGGAGAGACGAUCCUACAUGUGGCGGUUAAGAACAACCAAUAUGAAGCCCUCAAAUACUUGGUGGAGACUAUCGAUAUAUCAGUUAUGCUUAACUUGCCCGAUAACAAGGGAAAUACUGUUCUCCAUCUCGCUAGUGCUGGAAAAUUAACUCAGAUGGUGAAGUAUCUUCUCAAGUUAAAAGUGGAAGUAAAUGUCCUUAAUCACAAAGGUUAUACAGCUUUAGAUGUGAUUGAAGCAGAUGCUAGCAAUUCAGGUUCUAUUGCAAUUGUGCCAGCUUUGUUAGAAUCUGGAGCCAAAAGAUGUGACCAAUUACUUCCUAAAUCAAGAGAAAUUCGACAAAUACCCGAACCCGAACCCGACUUAGACAACAUUCGUUUGUCAUAUUCAUUGCCACGAUCUAGGGUUUCACAAUCCCCUCAAGAACGACUCUCUAGGCGACACCAACAUCGCCGACGUAGGUUAAAGCAAACCGAGCACCAUAUGGAAGGUCUAAGAAAUGCAAGAAAUACAAUAACAAUAGUUGCGGUCUUAAUAGCAACAGUAACCUUUUCAGCAGGUGUCAACCCUCCUGGGGGAUUCGAUCAGAGAACAGGCAAAGCCAUGAUAGGUAAGAAAAAUUCGUUUGUUGUAUUUACGACGUGCAACAUAUUGGCCUUGUUCUUCUCUCUUGGGAUCGUGAACAUCUUAGUGAGCAUUAUUCCUUUUAAGAGAAAAUCAAUGAUAGAACUCUUGAAAAUCAAUCACAAAGCGUUGUGGCUAUCAACAAUUUUCAUGGUUGGAGCCUUCAUUGCGGCCUUAUGGGGCAUCGUGCCUCACGAUGGGAAACGAAAGUGGGUCGCCGUGGAAAUUGUGGUUAUUGGAGGAGGGUGCACGAGUCUAGUGUUCUUAUUUCUGGGUGCUUUGAUGACGAGACAUUGGUAUAGAAAAAUGGAAUGGCGAAAAUCUAAACACAACCAAAAGGGAAAAAACGAAAGCCCUAUUUACAGCAAUACGAGUCGUGUUGAUGAAAUGAAGACCAUUAGAAGGGGAGAAGGUAACGAAUCUAGUACUAAUUCCGACCUAGAUAGCUCGGAUCUAGGGUACAUAGUAUAUUAGUAAUAAUUAAAUACUAUAUAUUUGUUUAUGAUCUUAUUUCAAUUGAU